AUGCGAAUUGUUGAAACGAAAAAGAACUCCUCGCAACCGCUGACCCCAGCGGAACUACAGUUCACAGAACUGUAUGAAAAUAGGAGUUUUCGGGUCCCCGAGCCGUUGUCACUCUUCGUAGAGUUUUGGCACGCACAACUGGCCGGCUAUGGUGGCUAUUACACCGAUGAAAUAUACGGUGUAGCCAACCAUAAUCUCUACGAAGAGAUCCCCGCCCCUGGUGUAGUAGCCGAGGCUUGGAGAAUGUCCGUGAGCGAUCACGGCGCAGGCCACUAUCAAACGGCACUGAGCCCUUUUGAAGGUGCUCAAGCUAACCUAAAUCUUUUAGGUUAUGCACCACUCACCAAUAGGAGGUCGGAGGCUAAGAAUAUCUUCUUAGCUAAUGGAAUCACGGCCGAUGUCUUCCCAGAAGACAUUCCCGGAACUGCGAUCAACUUUGCUCUUAUUGACGCAGUUUCCGAAGUGCUUGGUGGAGUCAGUGCUUUCAAAAUGCACGACAUUAUCAUCUCGUAA